AUGGGCUUCUAUAGGAUUUUUAAGAUUGGGCGGCUACAGCUUGACUGGUCUCUGAUCACAGCGUUGAUAGAGCGCUGGCGACCGGAGACACACACUUUCCACCUGCUCAUUGGCGAGGCCACCAUCACGCUUCAGGAUGUUCAGGUUUUAUAUGGGCUUCCUGCUGAUGGACUGGCCAUUGAACUGCCUCAGUAUAUGAGAUCUAUGACGCGUGCCCAAUAUUUGGACUUACUGCAGCAGUUCACUGGUUUCAGGCCAUAUGGUGAGGCUGCAGCUUCAGGGGGCAGUCGCAUUUCUGUGACAGUUAUCAGGCAGCAUUUGGCGGUAUUACAUCCCGACAUCACCGGUGAGACAAAGGAUCUACAUAUUCACCGGUACACGAGGUUGGCACUUCUCCUUCUUUUUUGGGGUGUCUUGUUCCCUAACACUUCGGGAAAUCUAGUGAGUAUGCGAUUUCUACAUCAUCUUCAGCAGCUAGAUAAGUUACCCCAGUACAGCUGGGGUGCUGCUGUUCUCGAUUACCUAUACAAGAGUAUGUGCCGGGUUUGGGCCUGGGAGUGGUUCCUGCCGUUGCACCCACCUCUACCAGCAUUACCUCCGGAUGUAUCACCUCCGUUACUCCCUCUAGCUAGGAGGUGGGUUCUCCAGCGUGGAAACUACCGAGCCAUUGAUGCUCAUCAUGAUCUCCCCCUUGUCAGGGAUGUGUUGGAUAUGCUGGAGGCCACACAUUUCAUCUGGACGCCAUACAGUGACGAGUUGAUAGCUGGCCUGCCCGAUUAUUGCUCGAUCGACUGA